CAACUCUGUCUUUCAAUCGCACGUCGUUCGCUUCUCUGCGCUUACGUGAAAAAAGAUUAUUUCAAUUAUUUGCAGAUUUAAGAAUAAAUACAUAAAUUAUUUCGCGAUUGCCUUAGAUCAACUUUAUUCCGCUUUUAUUGUAGGUUGAAGAGUUUGCUUUGGCGUCCCUCUAUACAUUAACAGAGAUUUUAACUAGUGUGAAAAUUACUUGGAAAAUAAAAAAUGAAGUCGAAGAAGACUGAAGUUGAGGCUGCUUCAGAUAAUGCUACAUCAGAAGAAGAGGAGGAAUACGCAGUGGAAAGAAUUUGCGGUCGCAGAGUACGCAAAGGAAAAAUUGAAUAUUUUCUUAAAUGGAAGGGGUACUCAGAAUCCGAAAAUACUUGGGAACCGGAGGAAAAUUUAGAUUGUCAGGACCUAAUAAAGCAGUAUGAAGAAGAGAGAGCCAAAGACGAGGCAACCAGUACUAAAACUGAGAAGUCUGAAAAGCUUAAAAAGGAAAAGGAUAGUGGACGUUCUAGUUCCGCAAGCAACAAACGUAAGAAUGAGACGGAGACAAAAGCUGCAGUUACCACCAAAAAAAAACGUACAGAUUCAGCUAACCCGGAAACAGAUACGGAAUCUGUUUCAGAAGCGUCUUCGAGACAAUCGGAACUAACUGGCUUUGAUAAGGGGCUAGAAGCGGAGAACAUACUAGGUGCCUCAGAUUCAAAUGGUGGCCUCUAUUUUCUUAUACAAUUCAAAGGAGUCGAUCAAGCCGAAAUGGUUCCUGCUUCGGUUGCAAACAUCAAAAUACCGCAAAUGGUUAUUAGAUUCUAUGAAGAACGCCUCUCAUGGUAUUCUGAUAACGAGGAAUAAUUUCCAUCUCGGGCUAUAAAAUUUUGGAUUUUGUCCCAAGUUUUAAGUUUAAAACAACAAAAUUUUCUUUUUUAUGAUUUCCAUUUUUAAUGUUUUCUAAUUCCCAAAAAAAAAAAAAAAUCGGAAUCCUAUAAAAUGUAGUUAUGAGAUUGGAGAAAAAACGCAGCUUAUCGAGUUGCUUUACUAUAAUAUUUAUACAUUUGAACACAUUUCAUUACAAAAUCUAAAUGAUUCUGUUACAACAUUAAACUAUUGCAUACGGGGGUAUUUCCUUAUCGAAAGAAAUAAGUAAAUUAAAUUGUUAAAGCGGAUAAUUUCCUGCUUUGCUAAUAA